AUGGAGAGGAUACGAGUCAGCAAGGUUGAAGAUGUUGCUCUCUGGCGAAGGGGCGUACGUUUCGAUGGCACUCUGCACCUCAUGCCCCACCAUAUGGUCUUCAGUUACAUACCGCCGCUCCCUGCAGGCUCCCCUCCUCCCGCGAAGCCACCUCGACAGAAGGAAGUAUGGAUAACAUAUCCUAUGAUAUCCUACUGCGUACUACGCCCAUCUCCGCCCGCCUCACACCAGCUGCCCUCGAUCCGGAUCCGUGGCCGAGACUUCACCUUCUUCGCCUUCAACUUCGACGACGAGAAGAAAGCCCGCGACGUGUACGACACAAUUCGAGGGCUUUCGUGUAAAGUCGGUCGACUAGACAAAUUAUUGGCCUUCUCCUACCAGCCAAAACCCCCAGAAGACAAGCUAGAUGGCUGGCAGAUAUAUGAUGCGCGGCGGGAAUGGAAGCGACUAGGCAUCAGUCCCAAGGACACGGAGAAGGGGUGGAGGAUAUCAGAGAUCAACAAAGACUAUAAAUACUCCCCGACCUAUCCCUCCCUUCUCGUUGUCCCCACAAAGAUCUCAGAUAAUGUCCUCAACUACGCAGGCAACUACCGCUCGCGUGCCCGAAUACCUGCCCUCGUCUACCGCCACCCCAUAAACAAUUGCUCCAUAACACGAAGCUCACAGCCAUCGCCGGGAAUCCGCGGAAACCGGAGCCCGCAGGAUGAAAAGCUCGUAGCAGCUAUUUGGGCAACCAAUAGUGGGUGGAAAGCAUCACAAGCCUCUACGCCUUCGAACCCGGCUGGCGGAAGCCCCGAGUCGAGCGUAAUCAAUCUUACGGAAUCCAGUGCUAAUAGUUCGUUUGUGGGAGUAGUUGAUGCCGAAGCCGUCAAUUCGGGGCGAACUAUCGUCGACGACCUCACGGAUUCCUCCGAAGCCGAGACUGACGCUCCGAAAGUCUACGGGGCACAGCAGCGGAAUAUGAUUGUCGAUGCGAGACCAACGGUCAACGCGUAUGCUAUGCAAGCUGUAGGACUGGGGUCAGAGAAGAUGGAAUAUUAUCCCGGAGCGCAGAAGGCAUUUCUGGGUAUUGACAACAUCCACGUCAUGCGCAAGUCUUUGGACACUGUUAUCGAAGCCAUCAAGGAUUCCGAUAUCACCAACUUGCCGCCAAAUCGGAAUUUGCUAAUCAAGAGCGGUUGGACAAAGCAUAUGACUAACAUACUGGACGGAGCUCGGUUGAUUGCGGAGACUGUGGGGAUAAUGCAUUCGCACGUCUUAAUUCAUUGUUCGGACGGGUGGGAUCGGACCAGCCAACUCAGCGCCCUGAGUCAGAUAUGUCUAGAUCCGUACUACCGCACGUUGGAAGGAUUCAUUGUGCUAGUAGAGAAGGACUGGUUAUCGUUCGGUCACAUGUUCCGUCAUCGCUCCGGUUAUCUCAGCAGCGACAAGUGGUUCCAGAUUGAGAAUGAGAGGAUAGAUCGGCGGUCUGAUUCCCCUGGAGGUGGUAAUCCAUUUGAAAACGCGCUUCGCGGUGCCAAAGGUCUUUUUAAUCGUCAAAACGAAUCCAGCGAAUCGCUCACCCAAUUGCCUGAAGCGAACGGAGGCGAAAUGCAAUUAGUCUCCGACGCAAUUCCUCCCGUAGAUGGUACUGGUGCCAGUGCCGUGAUACCUACACCCACCACCAUUGGCGCAGCCGAAGAACAUCGUAUAACCAAAGUCAACGAACUCUCACCCGUAUUCCACCAAUUCCUAGACGCUACUUACCAGCUUAUGCACCAACACCCAACCCGCUUUGAAUUCAACGAGCGCUUUCUCCGCCGUCUUCUGUACCAUCUAUAUUCCUGCCAAUAUGGCACCUUCCUCUUCGACAACGAAAAAGAACGCACAGAAGCCCGCGCCGCGGAACGAACACGGAGCGUAUGGAACUAUUUUCUGUGCCGAAAAGAGGAAUUCCUUAACCCGAAAUACGAUGCUGUUGUCGACGAUAACGUUAGAGGGCAGGAACGUAUCAUUUUCCCCGAAAAAGGUAGACCGGCUAGAUGGUGGGCUGAAGUCUUUGGUAGGCAGGAUGACGAAAUGAACGCGAAGGUUCCAUUGUUCACGCCCCAGGGUAGUGGGUUAGGGAGUCCGUCGAAUGGUAGAAGCACGCCUGUUCGGUCGGGUGCGAACACGCCGGUGCUGCAAGAGCCGCUGGGGAAGGAACCCGUGGUGACGGGCACGGAGUUUGCGGAAGUUGCGACAGGUGCGGGCUCGACGAUCCAUCCGAAACCGAUGGCCGGUGUUGGUUCUGAUGCUGGUGCUGGGGUUUCUCUUCCAGGUGCAGCGGCUUUCAGCCAGAAUUUAGGGCAGAACUUGGCGGCUGGGAUGGCGAGCUUGGGACUUGGAACGAUGGAGAGGGGGAAGAGUCCUAGGAGGAGUAUGGAAAGGAGUCCUGGGAGGAGGCCAAGAGAGGAGAUGGAGGUUGAGAUGCAGUGA